UCGCCCAGCAUCCCAGUCGCCGAUCGUGCACGACCCUAACGAUGCCCGACUGCUCGUUGUUCGUUCCCAGUUUGCUACCGUCACGCGCGCACCAUCCGAGCGCGUCCCUGCUGCCGUGCCCAGCAACCCGCGUGAUCCCAGACGCCAGCGCCAGUCCGCGGAGGCCUAGGAGUCCCAGCGUACGUCCGCGACACGCACGCCAGCGCCCGUCCGUAGAUUCCAGCCACGCGCACGUCACGCCAGCGCCCGACGCGCACUCGCGUGAGUCC